GACUAGUAAGUUCCCGACACCAACGGAACGAACACUCUCCCUGAGGAGAGCAUCACUACGAAAAAAAUUAGGGUACUAUAUAACUUAAACGCGACACAAAAUGAAGGUAGAAAUUAUAGAUUGUCAACAGAAAUCUCACAUGGCGGGUGAAACUCUAGAGUUCCAUCUAAAUGAAGUGGAUAAUUCAUUCGCCAACGGGCUGCGCCGUGUGAUGCUGGCGGAGAUACCGGUGCUGGGAAUAGAGGAAGUGACUAUAAUCAGAAAUACCUCAAUAUUACCCGAUGAGAUGAUCGCACACCGCUUAGGUCUUAUACCUCUGUACUCCAUGAAGGCACGCCGAAUGAGCUACGCUCGUGAGUGCCCUUGUGAAGGGACCGGAUGCUCAGACUGUACGAUAACCGGUGAAUUGCACGUCGAAUGCCCGGAAGACCAGUACAGCAUGCAAGUCUUCGUGAAUGAAUCACUCAAAAUCAAUGACGACGAGGUGUAUCCGGUAAGUGCGGAAGAGAAGGGCGUCUGGUUGGUAACUCUGGGUCGAUGCCAGAAACUGAGUUUACGCAUUGUGAUUCGCAAAAACAUCGCCAAGACGCAUGCCAAAUUCAUGCCGGUGGCAACCGUCGCAAUGCGUUAUGCGCCGGAGAUCAUCCUUAACCCAGAGGGAUUUGCGAGGCUCGGCCCGGAGCUCUGCCGUCAGUGGGUUGCGCGUUGCCCGAGGAAUGUGUUUCGCUACGACGAUCGCACUAAUCAGGUUCUCCUGGAUAAACCAGAGGAGUGCAUCUUCUCGCGUGAGUGCCUCUCAACGGACCCACCGUUUGAUAACCUCCCCGAACCCUUGGUUUUCAUUCGGCUAAAGAAAAAUCACAAGGGGUACUACAACUUCCGUUUUGUGGUUGAAUCAACCGGUGUGCUACCGGUGCUCCAAGUUUUAUAUGACGCCAUUGAGGUGCUGCGGAAGAAAUUAGAGAAAAUUCGUGCCGGUCUAUCACACGACCCCAAUGCUGAGGAAUCCAUCAAAGUGCGCCUCAUCGGUGAAGCACCGACUGCACUCGAAGUGGCCAACGAAGAUCUUGUUGAGAAUGAGGGUGCUGAAGAUAACUUAAACUUUGUAAUGAAAUAACAUGCGAGAACGAUUAGGAGAAAGCUAAACACCUUACUAGAGUGAAUAUCGAGCUUGACUGAUAAUAAGGGGGUCUCUUUUGGAAGAUGAGUUUCCUAUUUAUCACGAAUUCAAUGCCAAUUCCUAAGGAUUUGCACUAAGGCAUAUGCUUCGUAAA